UAAACCCUAUUUAUGUAAUUACGUAAUACGUAACCUUUUAUCUUCACUCUAAAUCGCGCAUUCUGUUUCUCCGUACUCGCAUUCCGGCGCAAAAUGAAGGUCAUCGCCGCCUAUUUGCUUGCCGUCUUGGGAGGCAAUGCUGCUCCUUCCGCCGAUGACUUGAGGGUCAUCCUUGGAUCUGUUGGAGCAGACGCGAAUGACGACAAUAUCAGUAACUUCUUGUCCGAAGUCAAGGGCAAAGACAUCGCCGAACUUAUCGCCGCCGGUAGGGAAAAGUUGGCCUCAGUGCCUUCUGGCGGUGGCGCUGCCGUUGCCGUGACCGCCGCUCCCGGAGGUGGCGCUUCAGCUCCGGCAGCAGCGGAAUCGAAGAAGGAGGAAAAGGUGGAAGAGAAGGAGGAAUCAGAUGACGAUAUGGGCUUCAGUCUCUUUGAUUAAUUGGUAGGUUUCUCAACCAGUGUUCGGAUCAUAUUAUCGACUUAGAGUUGCUUAGCUUUGUUCUUUUUUUGUUGAAGUAGCGUUCAAGUCAAUGAAUUGUGUUGCUGAAUUAUUUGAGUUAUAUAUUGAUGAUGUUGAAUUUUCAUCCAUGAAUUACUUUAUAUAUUUUAUCCUUUAUCCACUUUCUGUUGUUAGAAUUCAGUAUGUAUGUAGGUACUACAAUUAAAGAUCAUAUUAUUAAAAAUUGUGAUCAAGAUUUUGAAGUA